CCGCCAAAGUUCGCACUACGGAAUACAUACGGAACUAAAAAUUUAAUCUCACAGAGAAACUGCCCUCAAGUUUUGAGAUGUAUUCUAUCUUCUACCCCCGAUAUUUUUCCUAAUGAAUUAGGGAAAAAUUAUUUAGAACGUUACCACUUAUCCAGGUUUCUUUUGUUGCUAAUAUGGACAAAUACUCCAAGAACUUCAUUUUGGUUGGAGACUUGAACCACCAUUGUCUGCUGUGCAAGGAGUCGUUUCUAUCAAUAGAUGAUUUGGAGAAGCACUUACGAUGGGAGAAACACCGGAAAAGCGUCAAGGACUUGAGCCCUAUGCCGAAGUUUAAGAGGGAUCGCAUUUUUAAGAUCGAUGAUAAGUACUUCUGUGAGCAUUGUAACCAGAUUUUAAGUACCAUUUCGGAAAUACAAAAGCAUGUACAGGAUGAAUACCACCAAAAACGUAAAGCCGAGCCAGAAGUAGAACUCCGUACCUCACUAUGUAAAAGAGAGUCCGGUAUAACUUUUAUAGGGAAGGAGAAAAGUUCAAUUAAGAUUCCUAAUAAAGAGUGGUAUGGGAUAAUUGAUUCAAAGUGUGUAUUCUGUGAUGUUGCUGUGGAUCAUUUUAUGAAACAUGUUUCAUGCUCGGACCACAUGAUAACUAUGAUUCAAAGUAAGAUUGUAAUGAAUGAAGAAGGCUUGUUUUACAGGGAGUUUAAGGACAAGGGUUACUGCUUCCUAUGUAAGACAACAUUCCAAAUGCAAUCUAAGAAUGAACACUGGAAGGAUGACCUUCAUAUGGAAAAGGCAAGGGAACAUAAUGUGAAAAAUUCUAAAUCUUAUCAGGAAAAGAAACUGGAGGUGGCAAUUAAACUUAUUAAUACUCAAAAAGACUAUUUUGAUAUUGAUCUGGAAAAUAAAGUGGCCACAUGCAAGAUUUGUACGGCCUAUGUGAAUAUAAACUUCAAAUUUAUGAUGGACCAUAAGAAAAUUCACAACAUAACAGAUAAAGACAAUAUUAAACCGGCUCCAGUGGACAUGGAAAUGGUCUUUAAGUCUCUGAGAAUCAGGAGAUCUAAAAAAGAAAUCUAUGAUCAUGGCAAAUUAAGGGCUGAGUUAGCCAAAUUUGGGAGGGAGAAUUAUAUCAAGCUGGUAUUUCCUGGGGAUAAAGGUUACUGCUCACUUUGUGGCACAUAUAUGUCUGCUCAUAUGAAAAACUUUACAGAGCAUAUCAAUGGGUAUGUUCACAUGGCACAACUAGAUUUAAAGAAUGGCAAACCUCAUGUCAAGCCGGAAUAUAAAACCAAAAAUAUGAAGGACUUUGUAAAGACAGUUACUUUUUCUAAGGAAUCGCAUUCUUUGAGUCUUAACAAACAGGUUGCUAUUGAUGUGGUUUCCUUAGGACUUGUUUGUAAGAUCAAUAAUCCUCAAUGUGAGAAAUUCAUGUGUUAUGCGUGUGACAAAACAUAUAAAAUCACAGAUUAUGAGAAACAUUGUCUCUCUGAAAUGCACAGAAAUAAUUUUUAUAAUUCUGAGAUUAUAACUUCAAUUGAGGAUGAAUUUAUUAGAGAGGUUCGCCCAAAUGUGUACCAUUGUGGAGUUUGCAACAUAAUGUUCGCUUUUUGGGAUACAUUGAAUAAACACUUCCGUAGUUGGAAGCAUAGGACAGUCAAGGGUGUCAUACAAGAUGAUUUCUCAUACUGUAAAGAGGUGGAAGAAUUAACUUGGGGCCAAGAAGGGUUGUUACCAAAAUUGGUUAGUUUAGGUUUUAAAAGAGCUUUCAUUCUGCCUAAACAGGAAACAAAUAAAGCAUAAGGGUACAUUUCAUAGGUUAUGCAUUGCAAAAAAAUGCAUGUGGGACCCCACACUGGCACCUGCACAAGUAAUGCGUAAUCAGGGAUCUCCAAACUUCAUUGCCAUAGGGCCUUAAACCUCAGAAUAUUUAACAUGGGCAACUAUUUUAUGCACUGAAGUCAGUGUUUCUGCUGGCCGGGGCUUGGAGUCAAUACUAUAAAUAAAUAUCUUUAAAGGAGGUAGUUUUACCAAGGUGGAUUUAAGUAAGAACUACCAAUUUGUUUACUAAAAAUGUUUUCAAUUUGUUUUUGUUUUCUUUUUUUGUUAGUAAGAAAAUUAAGUUUUGCUUUUUGUUUGACUUCUUUUGUAAUUUUAGGAUGUUCCUUAAAUUAUGAUUAAAAACUGG